AUGGAAGUCCCCGUUCAGCCAGAUGUGGUGACCUACCAUGACGGUGAUGAAAGCUUCUGGGCGCCGGGAACGAUCGCCCUGGAAGACAUUCAUCGCACCCGAGACCAACUUGUUCUAUUCCCCACCCCGAGUUCCGACCCCAAUGACCCCCUUAAUUGGUCUACCGCUCGCAAGAUUCUCAAUUUCACGCUCGUGAGCUUCUUCGUGCUCUGGACAUUCGUUCAACUUGACGUCGGAUUUACAGCAUGGGGUCCAAUGGAGACACAACUCGGAUUUUCAGUGGACAUUCUAAAUGCAGGUGCCGCCGUCAAUUACGGCGGUCUGGCUAUUGGAUGCUUCUUUUUCAUUCCGCUCGUUCACAAAUAUGGUCGUCGACCGAUCUAUAUCUUCAGCUCGGCACUGCAACUGGCUUCUUGCAUUUGGCAAGCCAAAGUUCAAAGCGUUGGUGGAUUCAUCACUUCGAACAUCAUAUCCGGCUUAGGAGGUGCCAUCAGUGAGAUUGUUGUGCAAAUUACUAUCGCGGAUAUGUUCUUUGUUCAUCAGCACGCUACUAUGAACGGCUGGUAUGUAUUCUUCCAGUCUGCGGGGGCCUUCCUUGGCCCCGUUGCCUCGGGCUAUAUCGUGGACUCGCAAGGAUGGCGGUGGAUGUGGUGGUGGUGCGUAAUAUUUUUUGCAAUCACGCUUCUUUGUGUUAUUUUCCUCUUUGAGGAAUCCAAGUAUGUGCCUAUCUUGACUGGUGAGAGUGUUCAACCGACGCAAGCAAUGGAGGAAACAGAGGAUGGGAAGAGCAAGUCUGCAUCAAACGACAAGAAUGCUACCCCGGAGGUGGUCGCAAGCCGCAUCGCAAGCAAUGCCGAGAUUCAACCCAAGACUUACUGGCAGCGAAUGGCCUGGAUCACCCCAACAAGCGAGUCUCUAUGGCCGCACUUCUACACUCCGAUCGUGACGCUCUUCACUUUCCCAGCAGUCACUUACGCCGCUCUUACAUAUGGCUCGACACUGGCCUGGUUUGCUAUCAUGACGAGUCUGCAGGCAUCAUACAUGCUGGAACCUCCAUACAACUUCAGCGCGAUAGGUAUCGGUCUGAUGAACAUCGCGCCAUUUGUUGGAGCCCUUCUAGGCUUCCCCUGUGGCGGUUGGCUAAGCGACAAGUCCAUUUUGUGGCUUUCAAAAAAGAACCGCGGUAUUUAUGAGCCGGAGAUGCGCCUCUGGCUUGCUCUUCCUGCGGCUGUGCUUGGUCCUGCAUCGAUCCUCAUGUUUGGUUUGGGAUUGGCUUAUGGUGUGCAUUGGUCUCUUCUUGCCGUUGGUUUCGGUGUUUACGGAUUCACUUUGGCUUCCAUCUCCGGUAUUUCGCUGUCCUAUCUGAUGGAUUGCUAUCAAGACGUUAUUGGUGAUGCCCUCGUGGGCGUAAUUUUUAUGCGCAAUGUCAUCUCCCUCGUGGUCCUUUUCGUCCUAACCCCUUGGGUCAAUGGCAUGGGCAUGCAGAACCUUCACAUUCUCUGUGCGGUUGUCGCCUUUGCCGUUUAUAUGAUUCCAGUCCCUCUUCUUAUAUGGGGCAAGAAGGCGCGGAUCAACACAGCCGCGGCGUAUAAGAAGAUGGCAGUGACACAAGUGAGCCAUCGUACGAUCUAA